AUGCAUCUCAUCCUUACAGGCGCCACCGGCCUAGUCGGCUCCUCCGUCCUUGACGCAAUGCUCAAAAACACCAUGAUCUCUAAGAUCUCAAUUCUUAGUCGUCGGCCUGUGCCAAUGGCAGAUGAUGCCAAGGAUCCACGUGUUCAAGUCAUCAUGCACAAAGACUUUGAAUCAUACAAGCCAGAGCUCCUUGACCAGCUGAAAGACGCUGAUGGAUGUGUGUGGGCACUUGGGACCAGCCAGGUGAACGUCACACCAGAACAAUAUGUCAAGAUCACUAAGGACUAUGCACUUGCGGCAGCCGCGGCAUUCUCUACUCUCAAGCCCUCAAAGUCGGACUCGCCUUUCCGGUUCGUUCAUGUGUCCGGAGAAGGUGCCACUCAAACUCCAGGAAGAUUCUCAGCAAUCUUUGCCAGGGUCAAGGGUGAAACCGAGCAGCUUCUUGGCGAGUUAUCCGAAACACAGCAGGGAGUCAUCCAGGUCGACAGUGUAAGACCGGCUUUCGUUGAUCCAGCUGCACACGAUGCUAUAAAGUCGUAUAUUCCAACCACUAGUGGGUUGGGCGCGACUGCCGCUAAAGCUGGAAUUGCUUUGCUGGCUCCAGGUAUUCGCUGCUUCUGGAAGUCGAUGCAUUCUCCCACCGAUAAAUUGGGACCAUUUUUAACCGAUGUGGCGAUGGGCAAGAUGGAUACGAAAAUGCAGGGCCCCGGUACAUUCAGACUCGGGGGUGGUUGGGUGAUUGAGAAUGUCGGGAUGCGCAGAAUGCUGGGAUUGUGA